AUGCCUUUCCAUAUGACAAAAGCACAAAGGCCACGUUCACCAAGAUCAGACAAGCUAAGUCAUGACAUUGCCAAGAAUCACCAGGUCCGCAAGCAGUACACCAUCCAGGUCGGCGAGAACGAGCUCGUCCUCAAGGAGCUGGAGCUGCUCGGUGACGGGGCCAACGUGUACAAGCUCAUCGGACUGGUCCUGGUCAAGCAGGACCUCGCGGAUGCCAAGGCCAACGUCAAGAAGCGCAUCGAGUACAUCUCCGCAGAGCUGAAGCGGAUGGAUCGGGCGCUCAAAGACUUGGAGGAAAAGCAAAACAGCAAGAAGGUAUCGAAUCAGAAUUGCAAGUUCCAUUUCAGUUGUAUCCUUAGUGUGGAAAUUAAAGCAUGCUCCCUAGUCCCUAAAAUCCCCAUUAUGAGUCCAGUUGGCCUUGGGCAUAAGAAUUAG